GCGUUGACGCGCUUCACCAGGCCAGCCCACUCGCUCCGUGCGCGCGCUCCCGCGACAGCCUGGUGAGCAAAAAAAAGAAGCUCCAGCCGCUGUUGAGAGGAUCAGUGUGCUUAAGAAGAAAAAAAAAAAAAAUCUCAGGCGCUGCCAGGAGUUGGACUGAACGCACUCUGAUUUUUGGGUCUUCUUGUCGAAUACGGCGGUAUGGGAAGCAGGAUUACGGCUGCCGGUGGAGCUGGCGGUACCGACGGGGAGACAGUCGGCGUCUGAAAGUACGAUUGGCUGUUCCUGAAGGACCUCUAAUACUGAACUCAACACAGAGGGAUACAUUUUUGGAGUUGCUGCAGUCCUCAACACUGCUUCCUGAGAUAUCCGGAACCUUUGCAGGAUCCUCAAGUUGCUGGACAUCAUAGCUGGACAUCACACAGGUCCAGGAUCUUUCAUAUCUGAAUCUUGAAUUGUGACCGUCAUUGCUGAAGCACAGGUAUUUCCUGUAACUUCAUGGAGGGUUUUCCUGUCCACUGAACCAGCAGGCUGGGUCAGUGGACCAGCAGACAUGUCCGCCUGCAGCACUUUCACCGAGCAUGUGUGGAAACCAGGCGAGUGUAAGAACUGCUUCAAGCCCAAGAGCAUGCAUUGUCUAGCCCAGACUGGUGGAGGUAAGUCUCUGUCUGAGCAGAGGCCUCCACCACCUCAACAGCACAAUCCACUUCAUCUUGGGGCCACGGCCAGUGUUGGCCUGACCAACAACUCACAGAAGGCUGGCACUGUGUCUGGCCGCUCUGGACAUUUCCGUCCACCAGUGGCCAAGAAGCCAACAAUUGCUGUCAAGCCAACUAUGAUGUUGCCCUGCUCCUCAACACUAUUGGAUACAGAUGCCAACCUACAGCGGCCACCAAAUGGGCUUGAACAAGGUAAAAUAUCAGCAUUCACAGUCUGGAAUCGCAAUGGAGUACACCACAAAAGGACUGGAGGGCCCACUAAUAAUAAUGAAGAAGAAGGGAGUGAAGACAUUGAACGUUAUGGACAAUUUAGCCCACGAAGUCGUGGAAAUAAUAACACCAGUGGACUCACAGAUGUUCUAAAGGAGAUAGCUGGGUUGGGUCCUGAUCCUAGCCCUGCAUCCCUUUCUGACUCCAAGGAUUUGUUUUGGGGGCGAAUUAGUAAUUCAUACCGACGGUCUUUGGAAAGAGGCCUGCCGGCUUCAAGUUGUUUAGCCAUAGGAAGUAGCAGUGGUGGUGGUGGUAGUGGUAGUGGUGGUGGUGGUGGUGGAGGCACUUUCCAGAAACGGGUGUCCCUCAGUGACAGCACUGCCAUCAUCAGUACAGAGGGUGGGCGGUUUUGCUACCCAGAAUUUUCCAGUGAAGAAGAUGAUGAGGAUGAGGAGGAGCCAGAGAGUGAAAGGGAUGAUGACGAUGAACAUGAGAGCUGGGAUGAAAGUGAUGAAGAGCUAUUGGCCAUGGAAAUUCGUAUGCGAGGCCAGCCACGAUUUGCAAAUUUCCGUGCUGCCACAUUGUCUCCUGUGUUGUUUGCUGCAGGUAAAAAGUGGAAUACUGUGCCGCUUCGCAACCGCUCACUGCAGCGAAUAUGUGCUGUGGACUAUGAUGAUAGCUAUGAUGAGAUCUUGAAUGGUUACCCCUCUAUGAAUUCCAGUGGAGCUCUUCUUCCAUAUGGAGCUCAAGAUAUUCAAGGCAGUGGUUUUUUCACAAACACAGAGUCUACCACUUCUCCAGAAUCAUCAUCAUUACUCCAAGAGGACUCCCAUACAACCAUAAGUAGUGGGAGCAGUGCCCCCUUUUCUCUCCCAAAUAACUUGAAUUCUCCUAUAGCUUCCAAGGCAACACCACCCUGCAUUUCUCCAAAGAAGGAGCCUGUUCACAGAGCACUGUGCUCACCCAAGGUACCUGAAACACAGAAGGCUGUACUGGCCAUCAGAUUGGAAGAUCAAGAUGUUAGAGAUGGUAUGCCAAUGCCCCACGCUCUGCCAGGUCAACCAGUCACUAUCAGUUUUAGUCCCACAGAAGAGCAAGCUAAACCUUAUCGAGUGGUAAAUCUGGAGAAAUCACUGAUAUGUAAGCCUUACACUGUAGUGGAUGUAUCAGCAUCCAUGGCCAACAAAGCUGAACAGUUUUCUGACUCCACACCAAAAUCCAAAAAUUCAUUUAUACCUUGCAGCCCCACAUCAAUUUCUACCACUCCUUCAUGCCAACCCCUUUCUCCAGCUUCCCCUGCUUCUCCAUCUUCUUCUUUAAUGCCAACAUCACCCACAUCUAUUGCACUGCCAGGUUCCUCGAGGAAGAAACUAGGAAGCAUACGCUACCAAGAAGUGUGGACAUCAAGCACAAGCCCUCGGCAAAAGAUACCUAAAGUUGAGCUGGGACUGGGAAAUAAUGCUGGACCUGGUAUCCCACCUCAGCACUGUACUUACAAGUCAGCUCCUACUUCUCCCAUUGCUGGCAUCCCUUCCUCCCAGACCGUACCUGUGAAAUUGCCAAACUUAUCAGAAAUCAAGUUUAACAGCUUCAAUAAUGCAGGCAUGCCUCCUUUUCCAAUUAUAAUUCGAGAUGAGCCCGCGUAUGCCCGCAGCUCUAAGAAUGCUGUCAAGGUACCUAUUGUUAUUAAUCCAAGUGCUUAUGACAACCUAGCCGUGUACAAGAGCUUCUUGGGACUCAAUGGGGAGCUUCCACAGCCAAAAGGGGUAGGAGGUAGGGUGACAAGCCAUACUUAUGAGGAGAUUGGAUCCUCUGAGAGUGUUCAGUCUUCCUCAACAGAGAAAACCAUUUCUGGUAAAGGCACACUGGAGGGGGCCUCUUUUGAAGAGACAAACUCUCCACUUGAAGCAGCCUCACAAGCAUCAAGUUCACAAUCUAAAGCCACUACAGAGUGUAACACUGUGACAAGCCCUAUGAUGACAACCAUAUCUAAUACUGUCUCUCCCACAACAUCAACUACCGCUCCCUUAAUUGUUACAAUCACUACAAACCUUCCUAAAAGCAGCCCCAUGACCAAGACAAGUACAGACAUUACUUGCGGUAAAAAUGAUGAUACACAGUUUAUAACAUCAGUGAGCCAUCGAGAGGAGGCCAGUACUGUGCUUUCACAGAUCGUGGCCUCUAUCCAUCCACCCCAGUCUCCUCCAGAAUCACCUUCAGCACAGGGAAACGCAUUCAGUUCUGAGGAACUGUAUGCCCUCCCACCUGAUGCCACAAAGGAGACCCUGAACAGACCAAAGUCUCUUUUCUCUACGACUGAUGGUUGUCUUUCUAAACCCAAGAAAGAAACUGUAUCAAAAUUGUUGCCUAAAUCUCAGAGUGUCUCUGCUGCUGUCCCUCUGGCCAGCCCCAGGUCAGAGAACAGUGCCCCCUCCCCCCCACCCAGAUCAACUUCUUCCCCUUACCAUGCAACUAACAUCCUACAAAGACAUUUUGGGAACUGGACCAGGACCUCUGCUUGCAGUUCUCCUAUACGACCCAGUGACACUGAAACAAGUCCAAAUGGAGGAGAAAGUAGACGCAUUUCAACAGAGACUUCUAAGCCCAAACGUUGGAUCUCUUUCAAGAGCUUCUUUCGCCGGCGGAAAGAUGAAGAUGAGCAGCGAGAGAAGACUGAGAAAGAGAAAGACAAGGGCAAGCUGGUUGGGAUUGAUGGAACAGUCAUCCACAUACUUCCACCACCCCCAAUCCAACAACAACAUUGGUUCACUGAAGCCAAAACUGAGGAUCCCAACCGGAAAGCAACUAUCAUCUUCACCUACAAACCAGACAGUGGCAACAAUCCUGGUGAUGGAGAUGGUGAACCAAGAGUAGAGGAGUGCAGAGAAAAAGAACUGGUAACGAAACAGGAAUCCAAUGAACUCAAACCACCGAGCCCAGGACAAACAUCAUCCUCACAUACCACUGGAGACCAUCUCAACAUCAUGGACAUCAGCCAGGUACCAGUGAGUGCCAGCGAUGCCAGGGAGCAGGAGUCUGGUCCCACGUCCCUGCUGGCCAGAGGGAAUCUAGGGCUCAAGCCUGGGCAGAGACUGGAUGGAAUCAUCAGUCCAGCCUCAGCCAGCGAGGGCAGUGCCAGCCUCGGAGAGCCAGAGGAGGAUGGAAAUCACUCACAUUGCUCCCAUUCUCCAGCCUCCAGCUCAUGUGGUGCUACCUACACCAACCUAGGUCAAUCCAGAGCAAACAUGAUCCCACUUAAACAGCCACGAAACCUCAAAGCAUCAAAUGACACUCUGGCCUCAAUUGACCUGGAUGGCCUUGCUGACCAACCUGCCCUAAAAGCCACACCACCUCCACUACCAAAGAAGGCUGUGGCUCGUUCCAGUACAGAACCCAGCCUGGGGGACAAAGAGCCCACCCAGGGUGCCCUGAGACCUCGAGCUAAAGCCAAACCCGGGGGCACCAACCUGAGUGUGGCCAAUCCUCUGUAUGACCUAGACUCUACCUGGGAGACAGCUAGUCAAAGCUCCUCUGUCAGCUCUGAGCCACAUCGAUUCCAGGAGCAGGAGAGUGGUGACUCCCUGGAAAAGCCAUCAGCCACAGGCACCAAGAGCCGUCCAGUUAAUAGCAUGUCCUGCUUGGCAUCCCAACCUGUUGCUGCACACAGUGCCACCUCUGGCAGGGAGAGGAGGGCCCACCUGAGUACAGAGUCUCUGUCAGGAAGGGCUCAGACCACAAAUAGAGGAGCUUCGGCUGGAGGAGGAGGCUCCAAGCAACACAGGCCUGCUGCUCUUUAUAGGGGUAUAGACAGUUGGGAUGAGGUGGUCGGGAGGAUCCGGGGCCUUCACACAGACACACUGCGUAAAUUAGCCACAAAGUGUGAGGAUCGGUUCAUGGCUGGUCAGAAGGAUCACUUGAGGUUUGGCACUGACAGCUGGUCUCACUUUCGCCUGACCACUGGAAAACCAUGCUGCGAAGCAGGCGACGCUGUGUACUACACCGCUUCCUACGCCAAGGAUCCACUGGUCAACUAUGCCAUUAAGAUCUGUCGCAGCAAAGUGAAGGAGACUCAGCAGCAGUUUUUCCACAGUCUGGCAGUGAGACAGAGCCUGGCUGUGCACUUCAACAUCCAGCAGGACUGUGGACACUUCCUCGCUGAUGUUCCUGCACGACUCUUGCCCUGGGAAGAGGACGAAGAGGAAGGGGAUGAGCAGGAAAAUGUAAACCGUCAGAAGGAGCAAAACAAAGAAACUGAAACCAAGUCAACAGAUUCCAAAGCUUUGGCUGCAAAUAGUAAACAAGAUGAAGCUUCUGCAACAGGUCACAUGGCCACUGCGGGUCACCUGAGCAGCCGAGUGGUGGUCAUUACGCGUGAGGUUCCCUUCCAGACAGUGGCUGACUUUGUACAAGAAGGCGUUGCCCGACAUACCCAACAGCCGGAGCUGUAUGAGCGGCAGGUGUGUCUUCUGCUGCUCCAGCUGUGCUCUGGUUUGGAACACAUGAAACCCUACCACGUGACCCACUGUGACCUGCGACUGGAAAACCUCCUACUGGUCCACUGCCAACCGGGCAUCCCCUGGAAUGUAGACUUGCUUGAGCGCAACAACAAUGGCAACAGCAACAAUACUUCAGUACCUAGUUCCAGUAGCGCCACUGCUGCAAAUGCCACGUGUCCUGCGCGGCUCAUCAUCAGUAACUUUUCUCAAGCUAAACAGAAGAGCACACUUAUGGCCACCAACCCAGGAACGCUCCGUGACCAGUCACGCCUGGCACCUGAAAUCAUCACAGCUACUCAGUACCGCAAGUGCGACGAGUUCCAGACUGGGAUUCUCAUCUAUGAGAUGCUUCACCGUCCCAAUCCAUUUGAGGAGACACCGGAGCUGAAGGAGAGGGAGUACACCUGGGCCGACCUUCCAUCGCUGCCUGUCAGAUCACUCUACUCACAAGGUCUGCAGCAGUUAGCCAGGCUGCUGCUCACCGUCAACCCUUCGGAAAGGAUCCGCAUGUCUGAGGCACGGGCCUGCCUUCAGUGCCUGCUUUGGGGUCCCCGGGAGGACUUGUUCCAGGCACUUGGAUGCAGCACGACAGGCCCUAUGUCAGGAGCUGCUUCCAGAGAGCGUGAGGCCACCCUCCAGAACUGGCUGGACCUGAAGCGAACCCUGAUGAUGAUCAAGUUUGCAGAGCGCUCGCUCGAUGCUGCUUGCGGCGUGAGCCUGGAAGACUGGCUGUGCUGCCAGUAUCUGGCAUUUGCCACCACGGACAGCCUCAGCCGGGUGGUGCAGAUCCUGCAGCAACCCCAGCCCCACCCUCAGUCCCAGAACCAGUCCCAGUCUGUGCACGUGCCACAGAACCAAACACAUCUAACCCACACUUUCCACCUGACUCACUCCCAGCCACUUUAA